UUUGUGGCGAUCAGAUCCGGAGGCGUCUUUCUUCCGUCGACAUCGUCGCUUCCGCCUGCUCUUCUCGGGCCGUGAGACUCGCCUUCAUCCAAUUCUCGCGCAAAACAACGAGAGAGAGAGAGAGAGAGAGAGUGGCUCAUGGAGGACGAUUCGUUCGUGCAAGAGUAUGAGCCGUCGGAGCUGGAGAUCGCCGCAGAGUUCCUCACCAAUUGGCUACCUUUUCUCACCCGCGGCCUCUGCGACGGUUGCUCCGCCGCCCUCCGCAGCCGCAUCCACUCCCUCCGCCCAGGGUCGCCUGGCGAGGCCAAGGCGGAGGCCUCCGCCUCCACCAUCGUGGAGGAUCCGGCAGCUUCAGUUUCCGCCGGCGCGGAUGAGCUGCUGAAUCAACAUGCCGGCAUCCAACCAACGGAGUGGGAUCCGGAUCCGCCGGCAUCGUCUGAUUCACCCAGGGUUCGGAUGUCUUGGGCCGACAUGGCGCAGGAGGACGAACUCGAGGAGGCGGCGGAAGGGGAGGAGGAUGCAGAGGCAGAGAGGAGGAGUUCGGUGGAUGCAACGGGGGGAGAGUCGAAGGGAAAAGGGAACACCUUGAGAAAGGAGACAGGGUUGUCGAGGGAGCAGAGGGAGGAGAUACGGUUUAAGAAUGUCGUCAGAAAGAAGGAUUUCAUAUGCCUGGAGAGGGUCAAAGGGAAGAUUGUUAAUAUCCUCGACGGCCUCGAGCUGCAUACAGGAGUUUUUAGUGCGGCAGAGCAGAAAAGGAUUGUGGAUUUUGUGUAUGAGCUCCAAGGGAAGGGGAAAAAUCAUCAGUUGGGAGAACAUACAUAUUCAGAACCACCAAAAUGGAUGUGUGGCAAAGGACGAGUGACCAUUCAAUUUGGAUGCUGUUAUAACUAUUCUAUGGAUAAGAAUGGAAAUCCUCCAGGAAUCCUGAAGAAUGUUGUUGCUGACCCAGUUCCUCAUCUUUUCAAGGUGAUAAUAAGAAGGCUGGUUCGUUGGCAUGUAAUUCCAAGAACAUGUAUUCCUGACAGUUGUAUUGUCAACAUCUAUGAACUGGGAGACAGCAUUCCACCUCAUAUUGACAGCCAUGAUUUUGUUCGACCAUUCUGUACCGUGUCAUUUCUUAGCGAGUGCAAUAUACUUUUUGGAUCAAGUUUACAGAUUGCUGGGUCAGGCGAGUUUCCUGGCUCAGUCGCUAUUCCCUUGCCUGUCGGGUCGGUACUUGUGUUGAAUGGUAAUGCAGCUGAUGUUGCAAAGCAUUGCAUCCCAGCUGUCCCAUCGAAAAGAAUUUCCAUUACCUUUAGAAAAAUGGAUGAGUCCAAGUGGCCAGUCGGGUUUCUACCUGCUGCAGAUUUACAGAAUAUCCAACCACUAGAAUACACUGCAGAAGCCAAGGGACACCCACGUCAGGAUAAGAACAGCCAACCUGUAAUCGAGAGUAAAAGCUUCAAGAAAGGAAAGAGAACUAAAGGAAGGCCAGGUGCGAUGAAGCCUGGACCAAAUUUUCAGGACAGGCAGCAUCAUUCCAAUGAUUCAGGCAUUCAUGCAAGGAGAUCAAACCUGGAUGGCCAGUCCCCCAGUAAUAGCAGCAGUAAUAGUUUCGAAAGGGGAAGCAUCUUGGGACAGAGGAUUACUGAAUCAAAAUUCAGACCAGAAUUCCAAGGUUUCGAAUCACAUGAAGUUGUCCACUCGCCUACAGACUCAACAGCACACGUACAGCAUGGAGAGGAAGAAACUGGUAAUGUGGAUAGAAGGGAACACGGCGGAAGGGUGGUACGGUUGGAACAACGACGAAUCAUCAUCAGCAGCAGCGUGGAGGGAGGGGAUGAAGACCUGGCACCAGCGAAUCGAUUUUCAGACCUGCCUCGUGUUUCUCGGGUUCAGGUGCGAUCCUUGAAUAGCAGCAGCAGGCGAAAGGUUAGAAUGAACUUGUCUGAUGGUCAGUCAAGUUGCUGAACUUCUCCUACUCGUGGUUUAGAUGGAUUGGUUUGGUUUUUUGUGGCCUUCUAUUUUGUGAAAGUAUGACUUGACAUUUUCUAUUCAUUAUUGUAAUCUAAUGCUUGUGUUACAGGGACAUUUAGUUUGGUCAAGGAAGAAAUUUAUAUUGUCCUUUAACGAAA